AAUGUUCAAAAUAGAAAAGUAUAUAGCUGCUACUCAAACCUUCCUCAAAUAUUGAUGUGCCAUGUACUUUGCUUCCCGUAAAAAUAAAGAUGUCACUUAAUUGUUGCCCUAUUUACAUUUAUGGAUCUUAAUACUAUGACUACUAGCGCCAAGAGAGAUGACAUAGUGAUUUUCAUAUUGGUCGUGCAGUAUACCAUUUGUUGUCAAUCUAGAAUCUUUGUCGCAAUUCAUAUUUUACAUUUCGUAGGUAUUCUGAAAUAAAACAUUGCAUUUUCUUUGUUACAAUGACGUGAUAUAUUUAAUUACUCUUUGUUACUCGCUGGAGGACUGAUAAAAGCUGAUUGGUACGAGGGGAGUAUUUUUCUGCGAUUGGAGCCUUAGAUGGGACAAAAAUGGCGUUUUCUCUCAGGAAGAUGCUUUCUAACAUCAAUUAUUUCGGUAAACCAGGCGACACUGGGUACGAGGAGGCCAAACGAGCACAAAAACAUUUUGGCGAAACAUCGGAAGGCAUAGAUUUCGAGAGAACCGAGCCCGAUUCCACAUCCAGGUAUGCUACAAGCCUAAAAUUACCCGAAUCUGUCAAAAAUUUUGCUGCUAAGAAGUCUUCUCUCUCUGAUACUGAUAUCUUAAACGUCCCUGAAACGCCAGUUUCAAAGAAAGCUAAACGAAAAUGUAAAAAACUAAAGGUCGAUGUAGACGCGAGAAUCAGCGAUAGUCAGGAAAAUUCAGAUGAUACUCCCAGCGAGAACACACCGAAACAUGUGCAUUUGGAGGUCAAGAGUGCUGAUAUAUUCAAAGACUUUGAUUUUAACAAGUCAUUUGAUUUUGGCUUGUCUGAUGACGAUUCUGAUGAUAAUGGCGAUAUUCAGUCUCUCUCAGACCAUUCGGACUCUGAUGGUUCUAUAACAUCACGAGAGAAAGUCAAAAUGUGUCGUAAAGUGCAACCAAUGCAGGAAGAACAGUUGGCACGAUCCACCAGUCUUGAGUCGUUUGGAGACGUGGAGCUGGAUAAGAAUGAAGAAGAACGGAUCUCUCUCCUUGUUAACUAUCAAAACAAAUUAGAGAAAAUUGAUUAUUUCAUGAAAAAACUUCUGUCUGAUUUCCAAUUUAAUAUAGAAGUCUCCAAAAUAUUCCAUUGCCGAUCUCUUGUGCCAACUGUACUAGGGGGUGAAGUAAAACAGCCAAAGAUGCUAGAUGCCGCAUUUGUGGACAGCCGCGCUCCAAGCCCUUCAGGUCCAUGGAAUGUCAUUGUUGAAAAAGAAGAUGUUAUUACCAAGCAAAAAUUUAAAAAGCAGCUUAUGUCUGUAAAACAUACUAUAGAUGAAUUUGUCAAUUGUUAUUUAAAUGAAUCAAAAGAAAGAAAACCUUUUACAACUAAGCUGAGGAGUAAGAAGAAAAUGCGACACUUUGAUUUUCCAGAUCUGCGAGAAGCCAUGGUUAAUCUAUUUGGCACAGAAGAACAGAACACAGAUCUGUGUGACUCCAAAUGUAUCUGUAACUGUCACUCUCAGUCUGAAUCGGACUCUGGCUUGACUUCUAAAUCGGAUGAAAGAUCUCUAUCAAAUCAAUCUAUAACAUCAUCAAUCGGUAACUUCAGCUUAGAUUCGUCCACCUUAACAGCUUAUUCCGAAUCUCUUGAUCAAAUUGUCAGCUACUGCAGCUUCCAAGACACUAGCCUGUACAGCGACUUGCUUCAAAUACCAGCCAUUGAACGUAUCACAUUCUACGUACAAGUCCACAGUGUUCAGCUCAAGUGUGAAGCAACCAAUCAAGAUUUUGAAUGCAAGAAUGUCAUAAAAUUCUACUGCCCUACUUGUAAAAUCACUGAAACUGAUGAGAACAGUCUGCUACGUCAUAUUUUGAGCCAAACACAUUGUGAGAAGAUACAUUUUCAAUACAAAACAGCUUAUAUAAAAAAGUGUGUUGCUGCUGGAAAAGAAAUACAGCCAAGUACAGUGCUGAAUCCGAUGACAAUGUACCGGGAUGUUAACAAGAUUGUUUGCUUCGGAGACGCUGUGUACGCCUGCUCCCUGUGCUUCGAGAAUCCUAUCGCCGGCGAAUCCAUUCUGAUGGCACACAUUUUAGAGCCCGAACAUAUUGAGAGACGUGAAAAGCUAGAUGAAAUCAUAGAGUAAGUGCAUGUUUUUUUUAUUAUCUUAAAGAGCAUGUGUGAGUAUUCUACUCAAUAAUACUUGUGCAAUCAAAUAAUAUUUGCUUAAGAAGUAACCCUAUUAGCUCACAUUUGAUUAUUUCAAGCAUAAUACACACAGUUCGACUCAAAUACACACAUACUCUUUAAAAUUACAAUGUUAUUUAAAUCUGUCGAGAAAUCUAUAGCUAUGUGAAUUCCAAAUUCAUUACAAAUUUAGAAUUGCAUAGAUUUUUUUUUACAGAAUUCUUGGCUUUGCAAUAACUGUCAAAAUGUAAUUUGACAGUACAUUGCAAUGCCGUUUAUUAUGUUAUGCAGUUUCUGUCCUUUUAUUUGAAAUAAAACUCAAACAUGAUAAAUAAAAUUAUAUAUUGGGCUUCCUUUUAAUUAAAAUACACUUUAUAAAAUAAAUCAAAGGACAGAAAUAUAAUUUAUUUAUAAUUUUAUAAUUUACUCUGAACUCUAAAAUCAAUUCUAGUUUCAUUUCUAGACUUAUUGGUUACCAUAUUUACAUUUUUACAAAAAAAUAACUAUAACUUUAAGUAAUAUCUCAGAUCUAGCUCAAAUAUUUACUUUUCUUCAAUUUGAGUUAUCUUUUAUUAUAUACCUUUUUAUUUAUCGUCUUUUUUUUUUUGAAAAAAAAAGCGAUCAAUGCCAUAUUGUUGUUGAUAUAAGGUUAAAGUUGUUUUUGGUUGAGUUUGCUGACCGAAUCCGCUAGAUGUCGCUACUGCCUUUACCAAUUGUUUCUAUUCUGACUGUUUAUAUCUACAAAAUUACUCCUCUAAGCGGUUAUUUUCAAUAUUUCUUUUAUUUGCAUUAAAUUCAUCUAAAACUAUCCUUCGUAACGUAACAUCAGAGCAAUGAACUAAGCUGUAUAAUAAUAAAAAUUAAAAUUUACAAACAGCUACCUAAUAAUGUUUCGACUUUGAUUUUUACUUAAAAAUCAAUGACUUCCUUCUUUAUUUUCUCUGCUAUACUAUUAGGCUUGGUUCGGCACUCGCGACCUCUACCGGACGGCGCAAACAUCUAGGUGCUCACUGCCGAAACUCAAGUUUGAUGUGUUCAUAAUAUUUCCCGCCCAUUUUACUGAGAUUUAGAGAAAUUAAGGCCAAUCGAUAAAUUAGUACCGCCUCUUUCGUUUUCUUAUGAGUCUUGUAGACAUGUGGCUAUUUUAAAUUUUAUGUUCAUGGGCCGCGAUGACAGUUUUCCAUCAGGCUCGUCUGCUCGUUAGCUGAAUAAUAUUUAAAUAAAAAUUGUAACUAUUAAGAUUCCAGUAUAUAGGGGUCAUCCAUUAAUUACAUCACACUACUAACAAUGUGACAUGUGACAAGAGGGAGGGUCACAAACUGUGAUGUCACUUUAACUUCUUUAGUACCCGAAAAUGUAUUCAAUCAUUUUUAUUCGUAGCACAGUUAAAUAACAGUUUUUGGAACGAUAAUCGUAUUUAUUCGUUUACUUUUAUUUCUUAAUCAGUUUUGGGUUAUAAAAUUUCUUUUGUAAAAAAUAUACCUAAUUCGAUUUGCCGAUUUCGUUGAAAUCAAAAUUGCCAAAAAUGUGACGUCACACCAGGAAGGUGGGUUUGCCAAAUGUGACCAAGUGUGAAAAGGAGGGGGGAGGGGUAGACAAAAUGGAUGAUCCCAUUAGAGUCGCACGAACCUAGACGCCGCAAUACAAUCGAAGUUAUGCUCUAAUUAUAAAACGACAUUCUGAAAUAGCACUUUCACAUGAACAUUCAAAUAUAUGGAUGUCUGAGGGCCUACCACGUUCAACGUGCUGCCUCUCUGUCGCACUUGUAAAUUCGUACGUAAGUGUGACGGGGAGGCACGUCGAACGUGGUUCGCGGUAGGCACCCUGGUACUAGAUUUCGUUGUUAGAAAUUGUAAUACAAAGAAAUAGAGAGAAUAGAAGUUUUACAUACGAAACGUCUACAUGCUUUGUUUUAUUUGUAUGGCCGUUGUAAGAAUAAUUGUUAAUUUUUAACAAGCAGAAACGUCUGCAAACGAUGCUAUUAAGCUUAGAAUAAAUUUAAAAGUGAAUAAAUUACUGCCUUGGGCUUUUUUCACCCAAGGCAGUAAUUUUUCCACUUUUAAAUUUAUUCUAAGCAUCAUUUGUUAGCUAUUAGAAAAAAAGUUAACCGUACACUUUUUUCUGAAAACCUCUGUAUAACAAUUUUCAAGCAUAAACCCAGAAAAAUCUAAGCUACAUUGUCUAGUGAAGUCUAUAAGAAAACGAAUCUGCCCUAAUUUAUUUUCAAAACAGGGUUGACUAAAGACUUACCAAAUUUUGAAGUUUUUUGUUCGUAAUCUAAGCUUUUUUUAGCACUAUUGUGUUAGUUAGAGUAAGCACUAGUAGCGUAGCAUAAGUAGCCUAUAGAUGAAAAAGCAUAAUUCAAAAUUCGAAAAAAAAAAAGUUUUUUAAGUAUUUUGUAGUAUGUGAUUCUCAAAUAGGCGAGAUAAUGGCUUAAUUCAUGUACCACGUGUUCAUAUUGACAUUUAGUACUUAUUAUUUUUAUUAAACAGCAUUUUAACGUCCGAUAUUUUUUUAAGUGACAAAAUUUUAAAAAGUUUUUUUUUCUUUGUUCGCUGGUUUUUUUUUUAUUUUUUUACAUUUUAUUUAGUAGAAUAAAUCACACAAUCGGUAAACUGUACAUUUGAACAUCUAGUUUGUCUUAGUUUAAAUAUUAAAAAAAACUUUCCGCAAUAAGUUUUUACUGACUGAAAUAAUUUUAUCGAAGCAUUGAAUUAAGCCACCAACUAAAAAUGUCAAAACUGUUAAUAAAUAUGAUCUCAAUCCUGUAGAUAAUCCACCCAACCCAAAAGACUGAUUAUUUUGAUGCCACUGUUGAAAAUUUGAGGUAGUAAGUCAAAAAUUUAGUAAAAAAUUACAAAUUAACGUUUUAGCAAAAAUACUGUUGUCAUAUGAAAAAUAAAUAGAGAAUUUAUACAUGGUUGUGCAUUUAAAAGUAGAUUGUCCGUUGUUUUACGAAAUUUUUGACUUACUUCAUUACUGUCUCGCCUCCGCCUGUACGUACUCUAAGAUAAUAUACAAUGUGUAUGGUAGAAUUAGAUAUGGUUAUUGUAAUUUUAAGAUAUACUAACGCUAUCUAUAUUAAAAGUUAAUCUAAUUAAAUAGGGACAGUAGUUAUAAAUUGGAUCCUCUUCUAUUUAUACAUGUAAUCAAAAAUGUAGCUUAAUUUCUGUUGAUAAAUUUAAAAAUGCCGUUGGGAUUUUGUUUUUCUGAUAACUUGAAAGUUCCAUAUUUAUAAACUUAAGAAACAAAAAAUCACUCAAGAUUUUAUCCAUAUUAUACAAAAACUCAAUUUUGCAAGAUUUAUCUAAAUAUUUUUAAUUACUAUGUCUAAUAUAUCCGUCACUUAAGUCUGAAUUUAGUACAUAUACAUGGCAGUAGGAUAAAAUGUUCGCGACCAAGUCUUAUAAUUCAAAACAAUAAUCAAAUAAUCACUCGAAUACGAGUCACUUUAGAAUAAUAACAUAUUUAUUAAGAUAUGCCAUAUUCUCAAACUCUGCUUUAAAGUCUAAAGUCAAUUCUCACAUAAAAUAGAAACUAAAUUUAUUAAAAACGAUGCACAAAACAUUCCAAGUAUAUGUAUUUAAUGUAAUCGUUUAAAUUAUAAAAGCAAAAUAUAUAAUAAACACUACGCUUAUAAUGCAUGUCUGCUAACAUUAUUUAAGAGGGCAUUUAAAAUAUAAAUGGUUCCAAUACUGAUUUUUGAAUUUCGAGCACUCGUUUUCGCCAUUCGAAAAUCUGUGGAAAAUGAGGAACUAACUUUUUUGAAAUACGAGCACAAUUGAAAACAAGUGGUCAAUACCACUAGAUUCUCAAUGUCUAUUGCUAAUUUUUCAAAAAAGCUGUUUUCGACAAAAUUAAGCGCUCUAAAUUCAAAAAUCACUUGUAUUGUAAGAAUAACAUUUAAAUAAUACUCAUAUUUAAAAUAAUAGCUAUCCAAAAUCAAUUAUGUACUUAAAUGCGUUUACAAAUUAAAUUUCAUAUUUAUCCUCUUUUUUUUAAUGAAGUCUUGUUGAGUUUUUUUCUAUGUUUAGUUUUGAAAGUGUUAAAAAGAUUAUUUUCUUUUUAUUACUGUAAUUUAACAAGUAUAGUAUGUUUUAGACAAUAGAUUUCGACAUUUUGUAAAAUAUCUUUAUUUUUCCUAUUUACUUAUUUCCUAUAAUUAUUUUCUUUCUACACAAAAGAGGAUAAUAUGAUAUUUAUUGCAUACGCAGUUAACCCUAAGCUUUAUUCACAUUGAUCCAGACGGCCAAUUGUUGGAUAUUUAAAUGAUUUUAAAUGAAUAAAUUUAUUAUUUACAAUAAUUUAAAUAAAAUAAUGUUAAAUCCUUUAUUGCAGCCUUAAUUUUAAUUACGAAUACCUAAAUUGACACUAUUCAGCUAGAUGCACAUUUUGGUUGCAUGGUACAGUAAGCUGCAGACGUACACACCGGAUCAAUGUGUGUCAAGCUUCAUUAUAGAUACCACUUUAGGUGCUCCAAUCAUCCACACGGUGUUCAAAAUUCCGAUAGAAUUUGGUGCCUUUCAGCCUUGCCCUGUCGAUUGCCUAAUUGUUGAUUAAAAAAAAAUUGACCACCUCUGAAAUCCUCACAUCAUUAUCUCUUCUCUUAUAGUGUGCGAUAAACAGGUGAUCAGUUCAGUUGUGCCAAUACUAUUCUGGAGUAUCAGGUUGUUUUUUCGACACGUAUUUAUCAGCUUGUGAGAGACAGACGAACGCUUUCCGCAAUAAAAUUAUGUGCUAAUGUCUGGUCUGACAAGUUUAGGUAAUCCAAUUUGUACUUUAGAAUCUCAAAAAAGGCUAUUACGAAAACGACUUAUUUUUCAAGUUUUGACCAUAGGUAUAACAUUGUUUAUUUUUUAUCGUUUAUUAUGAUCAUGUAUGAUAACGUUUCAGAUAGGUACGCACUGUUAUGCAAAAAUGGUCUUUCUUUAUUUGUAAUGAAAAAAAAAAACAUAAACAACGCAAUUGGUGAUUAAAAAAGUUUUCAUAAGUGUAGGAUUUGGGCAUAGCUUCUUAGUACCUAUUAUUAAAUUAAUAUAAAAAAUAAUCACUAAUGUAAGUUCUGGUAUUAUACCAUGUAAUAAGUAACUUUGGCAUAAUUAUAGUUAUUCGCAUUUAAUAUAAGAGCAUUAACGGGCAAUUUUAAAUUAGUCAGAAUAUGUGUAAGAUUCUCAAAAUUGUUCACAAUGGUCAUGGUCACAUACUGAGACUAAAAUAAACCAACUACUUCUAAGGUUGCUAAAACACUCUGUGAUUUUUAAUGUUGAUAUCCAAAUUGUUGUUAUAAUAGUUUUUAAAAAUACUAAAAGAAAAGGUCGUAUACUAUUGGAGAUAUCUAUUCCAUAUCCAUCUCAAAUUUUUAUAUCUAUUAGAGAUUCAAACAGAAUUUUGUACACUACUUGAAAUUAAAAUCUACAUUAAGAAAGAAUACGAAAUUCAUACGUAACUUAUUAUUGUCACUUUGACAAGGUUUAAUCAUAUACUGGUUUUAGUUACCGCAUUAUAAAGAUAAUAUAUCUUGUAUGUACUGAGAUUUAAAACAAACGAUUUAUAAAAAAAUAUAUAUAAUAUGGCUUAUAUAUCUCCGAUAUUAUGCGCCCUAUAACGGCACCGUAGAAAGACCCCACCGAACUUUGACUAAGCUAAUUUCCAUUUUGACUUUACUAAUCUUUUUUCUUAAAGGUUGGGUUUUUCAAUGGUGUCGUCUGGCCGAUUCGGUACCGUAUCUGUGAUCUCCAAAGUCGUGUUCAUAUCAUGUAACGGUCGUUUCAAGCAUUGUCAUGACCUGAGUUUUUAUGUACUAGGUACUUCUCUUGUAUCCUUAUUUUUAAUACACAAACAAACAGCCUUAACUUGCUUUAGCUUGUUUUUAUUUAAAUAAAUAAAUCUAAUAUUUGGCGACCGUGACAGGACGUCUAUGUUGGCAGAUUGGAGCCGCAUCUCAAUUCAUCAUUGGUUGUAGACAAACUAGCGGUGUUGCCACGGCGCUAACAAUUAAUGUGUAAGAGUUAAGCAGGUUACACAAGCUAAUUCAAAGUUUGGAAUUUUCAGCAUUUCCUUGAUUAUAAAAAAGUUUUUUCGUUGUUUUGUAACUUCUUACAAUAUGGUGUUUUUUGUAAUGGCGUCUAAAGCGUAAUAAAAUUGAGCCCCUAAGUAUUAUAUGAGAAAACAAUGAUAUGUCUUUAGAACGUCACGCUGUACACACACAGCAAGCCUUACUUAAUUUUACCCCCCUAACAGAAGUAGAGUUAACUUAGCUUGGUUUAACUCUACUGCUAUACUUACGAAGACUCAAGAGUAAGCUAUAUAAAUAUAGACUACGAAUAUUGUCUCAAUCCCGCUAGAUACAAUAAUAAAAAAAAAAACUAUUUCUGAAACAGCAUAACAGGAUCAUUUUGUAAGAACUUACAAAACUACCAAAUGUAAGACAUAAGUAAAGGAAGAAAAACAUCUGUUGCUUUCAUACAAAACUUUCAUAAUGCAUGUUUCUAGUUUACAUAGAUAGUUUCAUUUUGAGGUCUAUCAUUAUUUUCUGUUCACUACUUUCGAAUAUCUUUCUACGCAUAAUUAGUUUGUGUCAAUGCUUGCAACGACCGACUGUUGGUUAUUUUUUGACUGUUAUCAUUUUCGUGGGACACCGGUUUUCGACUGAUUAAACGUGUGAGGUUUGGAA